AUGAGUUUCUUAGCAGAGAUUCAUGGCUUGGCCCAACUAUUGGUAAUGGUUUUUACUCUCGCCGUUACUGCCCAUCUCUGUGGUAAGAAGAAAAACAAGAAGAAGGAGGACAAGACAAAAGCCAUGUCGGCUAUCAAAAUGACCACCACAAUGGGUACUACAGCUAACAUGCAUCCAGCAGAGCCUGUAGUCGAGAAAAAAGAGGAGCCGAAGGAGAAAGUUCCAGAGAAAAAGGAGGAGGAGAAGAAGGAAACCACGAAGAAGGAAGAUGUUAAGGAGGAGAAGAAGGAAGAGGAGAAGAAGGAAGAGGAGAAAAAGGAGGAAAAGAAAGAAGAUGAGAAGAAGAAUAGUGGAAAUGAUAAAAAGGAGAAGGAUGACGGAGGAAAGAAGGACGAGGGAGGAAAGAAGGAGGAGGCCAAGGAGGAGAAAAAGGAAUAAGCUAAGGAAGGAGAGAAGAAGGAUGAGGAGCCGAAGCCAAAGAAGGAGAUUGUGCCGGAAGUUCAGAAGUAUACUUCCAAGGAGAAGGCGAUUGCUGAAGGCGUCAAGAAGAAGAAGACGGACUAUCCGACUAUGGAGGAUGUUCCGAGUGAUUGGGAGAGUGAGAAGAAAAAGAAGAAGAAGACGGAGGCGGAUGAUAAGGAAUGA